CUCACAAAAGUGGCAGAGAUAGACCCGCAGUGUGUUAUGGGUAGGUCAGGGAGAGUGGAGGACGCCAUGUGCAUGUGAGACACAGACUAACGCAGACGAGAGAUUAGAAAGGUGGAGAAACACAGGGCCGGUUGUACCUGGGGGGGGUCAAGAUAUAAUUCCAGUCAAAUAAACAGAGAACACAGCCGAUAUGUUUUCAGCCAGACACUGUGUGAGAAGGUCGCUGCGGAUAGCGGCACAGUUGCACAGCAGACAUGAGCUUCCUACUUUCUGUGCUCUGCGGAGACUGAAGACCAGCUCCAGCAGCAGUAAUGAAGCCCUGGCGUCUCCCUCCCUCGACAAUGCGCCGAAAGAGUAUUCCCCGAAAAUCCACCAGCUAGUCAACGACAUUGCAGGUCUCACACUGCUCGAGGUCUCCGACCUGAAUGAGCUGCUCAAGAAAACGCUUAACAUUAAGGAUAUGGGGAUGAUGCCAAUGGGUGCAAUGCCCGUAGCACUGCCUUCAUCACAGGCAGUGGAAGAGGAGGCAGUGCCGGUGAAGAAGGAGAAGACCCACUUCACUGUGAAGCUGACUGAGUUGAAGGCGGCUGAGAAAGUGAAGCUCAUCAAGGAGGUGAAGAACUGCAUCCCCGGCCUCAACCUGGUCCAGGCUAAAAAGCUGGUGGAGUCUCUGCCUCAGGAGAUCAAGGCUAACGUUUCCAAAGACGAGGCAGGGAAGUUGAAGGCUGUGCUGGAGGCAGCCGGAGGCACUGUCGUCCUGGAGUAGAACUUUUUAAAAUUGCCUUGAAAGCCACUCGUCGCUGGUCCCUGGGUUUGUGCGUGUUAAGAGAACUCAAUGUGUCCAGCCUCCUUCUCCACGAAGCCCAGGAGCCCUGCACCACAAGACUAUUCCAAUACUGUAUUUUACAAGACGCCCGUUCUGACCAGGUGUCCACAAGUCUGUUUGUCCAUCUGCCCUUGCAAAUUGGAGCCACACCGAUUUGAGGAAGGCGGACCAGACUGUAUUGUCCACUAAAAAUAAUAAUAAACAUGGAAAAUAACCGUCAUCUCUGCUUAUUUAAUGGGCAUGUCAUUUCUUUUUUAUUUUUAAGUGCAUGCUUCCUGUAAGUUUAUAUUUCCUAAAUGUAUCUAUAACUUCAGGCAUUUAUACAGUCUGAAAAAACUAAACCUCUGUCCAAACUAGUGUUUUGAUAUAAUGACAUUAAAGAAAGACCUGUUGUCAAUACUUUUGUCUUUUGGACUGAGUUUAGUUUUAUUCAGAUUGAACAUGUGUAGUUUAUUGAGUUUUGUCCUAAACGUGGAGUUGUCUACUACCAGCAUAAAGGACAUAUUGAUGUUGUUUGCUACGGUACUUAUGUUUUAAAAUAAAACCGUGUUGGGUGGCUGUUUAUA